UUAUGAUCUUCUUCUUCCUCCUCUUAAAAUUCACAAUAGAUAUAUGACUGCCUUGAAGAAUUAGUAAAAUUAUUUCUUCCCUUCUUCCUACGUGAAUCGUCUAUUUCAUUAUUUGAUGAUUUCUUUGAUGUGGAAUCAGAUUUUUCCCUAGGUUUAAUUUGUAAGCAGAAAAUUUCAUAAAGCAAUUAUAUGAAAUUAGAACACCAACACUUACUUGUUGAAGACAUGAUUUUGGAGAAGAAUGAUUGUUGUUCUUGAUUCAGUUUUCCUACAACGUUGAACGACCAGAUCUUUCUUUGUAUCCCACAUUCCCUUUCACAAAGCUCAAUGGGGCAAGUUGUGGAGCAGAUAGUUUUCUUAUGUCGUGAUUACAGAGAGGACCUAGCCAAACCUAUUAUAACCUAGUCCCUACCCAUCAUGGCCCAAGAAUUACGACCUACACUAAUCAGAUUAUAGGUAGGAAUCACUUAAUAAAAAGAAGUCAAUGCACCCGUAAGAACUAUGAAUUAACCUGUUUUUACAAACAAAAUAACAAUUAAUUGCAUCCCACACAUUGUUAGAUAAAUCUAUAUCACCCAUUAUAUCACUUAAUUGUCCUCUAAUUCUUAUCAUACUUCAUUCCACUUAUAAGCUAAGUAUUCACAAAACUUAAUUCAAUAAAUUAUUUCUCCCAAGAGCAGAAUUUUACUGAUUGUUAGCUCGUGUCCUAAACACAAAAGACGUGGCGAGGUUAUCCAAUGUCAUAAUCAUCACAUUUUUUUAUCUUCAUCGGAUAGACACAGUUAGCUGGACACUAUCAUGUGUUCGUUCAAUGAUGACAUUAUUAAUUGUCGUGUCCGCAAACACAGGUAGAAAAAUCAACACUGAAUAGCAAAACCACAUAGGAUAAACAAUGAUCGGGUUAAUCGGAAGAAAAGCAAGCUGGGCAUCCUCCAAUUUGGUAGGAAGAAGAGGCUUUUGCUUGGGAAUCCUUCCUCAUAGCAAUGGUGGUGCCACUGCCAUGGAAGAUUUGCUUUCCCAGCUCCAAUCUCACGUCCAUAAAGCUCUUGCUGGUGGAGGAGCUGAAGCAGUGAAGAGGAACACAAGUAGGAAUAAACUUCUACCGAGAGAAAGAAUCGAUCGCCUUCUUGAUCCUGGUUCUUCCUUCCUCGAGCUUUCACAGCUUGCAGGACAUGAGUUGUAUGAAGAACCCUUGCCUUCUGGUGGAGUUGUCACUGGGAUAGGUCCUGUGCAUGGGCGACUUUGUAUGUUUGUGGCCAAUGAUCCCACUGUUAAGGGAGGGACCUAUUAUCCUAUUACUGUUAAGAAGCAUCUCAGAGCACAGGAGAUUGCUUCUCAGUGCAAAUUGCCCUGCGUGUAUCUUGUUGACAGUGGAGGUGCUUUCCUUCCCAAGCAGGCUGAUGUCUUUCCAGACAGGGAGAACUUCGGUAGAAUAUUCUAUAAUCAAGCUCUAAUGUCUGCUGAAGGGAUUCCGCAGAUUGCGUUGGUUUUAGGUUCUUGCACGGCUGGGGGUGCAUACAUACCUGCUAUGGCUGAUGAAAGUGUGAUGGUCAAGGGAAAUGGCACCAUUUUUUUAGCAGGACCUCCUCUUGUUAAGGCUGCUACUGGAGAAGAAGUCUCUGCAGAGGAUUUGGGAGGUGCUACUGUGCACUGCAAGACAUCAGGUGUUUCAGACUAUUUUGCUCAAGAUGAAUUUCAUGCACUUGCACUUGGGAGGAACAUCAUUAAGAAUUUGCACAUGGCUGGGAAAGAUGUCUUGGCAAAUGGAUUGCAAAAUUUAAGCUAUGAAUAUAAAGAGCCUCUAUAUGAUGUCAACGAACUUCGUUCUAUAGCCCCCACUGAUCUUAAGAAGCAGUUUGAUGUCCGAUCAGUUAUUGCUCGUAUUGUGGAUGGAAGUGAAUUUGAUGAAUUCAAGAAAUUGUAUGGCACUACUCUCGUAACAGGUUUUGCUAGAAUUUAUGGACAGCCUGUAGGAAUUAUUGGAAACAAUGGGAUUUUAUUCAACGAAUCUGCUCUGAAAGGGGCCCAUUUCAUUGAAAUAUGUACUCAACGUAACAUUCCCUUGGUCUUCCUUCAGAACAUCACUGGAUUCAUGGUGGGCUCAAGAUCUGAGGCAAAUGGCAUAGCAAAAUCUGGUGCGAAAAUGGUGAUGGCAGUUUCUUGCGCAAAGGUACCUAAAAUCACCAUAAUUGUCGGCGGAAGCUUCGGUGCAGGAAACUAUGCAAUGUGUGGCCGUGCCUACAGUCCCAAUUUCAUGUUCCUUUGGCCUAAUGCCAGAAUAUCUGUGAUGGGUGGUGCUCAGGCUGCUGGGGUACUGUCUCAAAUAGAGAAAACCAACAAGAAAAAGCAAGGAAUUCAGUGGAGCAAGGAAGAAGAAGAAAAGUUCAAAACAAAAGUAGUGGAGGCUUAUGAGGUAGAAGGAAGUCCUUAUUACUCAACAGCGAGGCUUUGGGAUGAUGGAAUCAUAGAUCCAGCGGAUACAAGAAAAGUGAUUGGUCUGAGCAUAUCUGCUUCCUUGAACCGCGCCAUAGAAGAUACCAAAUUUGGUGUGUUUAGAAUGUGAUUGCUGUGUGCACUAGAACUGGCGGCUAUCCUCCAGUGUGACAUAGAUUUGUUACUUCUGUAAUUAAAAGGAAACAAACACUACCUGAAAAGGGGAACAAGUGAAAAGUAAUUUAUGUCAAUGUGUAACAGCCAGAUUUGUUUAGAAUAAAAAGUUCAAUCGCACUUUUAGUCCCUCA